ACAGAGAACAAAACUACUGAAUGCAAUAAAAUGUUGACUGGAAAUGAGCUGAAAACUGAGAAGAAACCUGAAAAACACACAAGUUUCACCCUGACCUCAGAGUUUUACAGCUCAGUUCACUGUUGAUGCAAAGAGAAGAAGAACUGAAAGGAAUGGUGUUUAAACUCAGGUAAACUCACCUUGACAGGGGGCGGAGCCUCAGGUGAGUCAGUUACAGUCAGGUAUCAGAUCAGGACAAACAGGUUCUGACUCAUUUAGCAGCAGAACAGAACAAAGAGAAGACUCUGGAUCAGGGCUGACUGAAGUCCAGAAGAUGGAGGAUUGUGAUCUAAAGGAGGACAGAGCAGAACCUCCAGGAUCCAGCUGUCCGUCUAUGAGGAGUGACCGGUCCAGAGAUCACCCUCUAAACUUAAGUGCAGAACCUCCAGGAUCCAGCUGUCCGUCUAUGAGGAGUGACUGCUCCAGAGAAUACCCUCCAUUCUUCAGUGCAGAACCUGGACCCUCAGACUCAGAACCAGGACCUGGACUGCUGGCAGCCAAUCAGAGCAGCUGUGCUCCAGAUGUUGGUCUGCAGGAGAUUCAAGAGGAACAUAAGAUCAGUCUGAGGAGGAGAUGUGAACGUGUGACUGAAGGAAGUGAUGAACCAGGAAGUAGAACCCUCCUCAACAGGAUCUACACUGAUCUCUACAUCACAGAGGGACAGAGUGAAGAGGUUAAUACCCAACAUGAGGUGAAGCAGCUGGAGAGAGCUUCCAGGAUCCAGAACCUCCAUGACUCUCCAAUCAGGUGCCACGACAUCUUUAAAGCCUUACCUGACCAACAUGGAGCCAUCAGAGUGGUUCUGACCAACGGCGUCGCUGGUGUUGGAAAAACCUUCUCAGUGCAGAAGUUCACUCUGGACUGGGCCGAGGGCUUGGAGAACCAAGAUGUCCGUGUGGUGGUUCUGCUGUCGUUCAGGGAGCUGAACCUGAUCAGAGGUGAGCAGCACAGUCUUCUCACGCUGCUCCAUGUUUUCCAUCCAACCCUCCAGAAGCUCCCAGCAGAGCAGCUGGCUGCCCACAAACUUCUCUUCAUCUUUGACGGCCUGGAUGAAAGCAGACUUUAUCUGGACUUCAACCACAGUCGGCUUGUUUCUGACGUCACACAGAAGUCAUCAGUCGACGUUCUGCUGACAAACCUCAUCAAGGGGAACCUGCUUCCCUCGGCUCUGGUCUGGAUCACCUCCAGACCUGCAGCGGCCAAUCAGAUCCCUCCUUCAUGUGUUGACAGGGUAACAGAGGUACGAGGCUUCACCGACGCCCAGAAGGAGGAGUACUUCAGGAGGAGGUUCAGCGAUGAAGAGCUGUCCAGCAGAAUCAUCUCCCACAUCAAGACCUCCAGGAGCCUCCACAUCAUGUGUGGAAUCCCAGUCUUCUGCUGGAUCACUGCUACGGUUCUGGAGAACAUGUUGACCACAGAGCAGAGAGGAGAGCUGCCCAAGACCAUGACUGACAUGUACUCUCACUUCCUGCUGGUCCAGACCAGGAGGAAGAAGAACAAGUACCAUGGAGGACAUGGGAGGAGUCCACAGGAGCUGAUGGAGGCUGACAGGGAAGUCCUCCUGAAGCUGGGGAGGCUGGCGUUUGAACAUCUGGAGAAAGGAAACAUCAUGUUCUACCAAGAAGACCUGCAGCAGUGUGGUCUGGAUGUCACAGAGGCCUCGGUGUACUCAGGAAUUUGUACAGAGAUCUUCAAGAGAGAGAGCGUGAUCUUCCAGAAAGCAGUCUACUGCUUUGUUCAUCUUAGCAUUCAGGAGUUUCUGGCUGCAGUCUACAUGUUCCACUGCUUCACCAGCAGGAACACAGAGGUGGUGGAGAACUUCCUGGGACAACAAUACAGCAAAACAUCUCUGGAGGACUUCCUGAAGAGCAUCCUGGAGAAAUCAUUCAAAAGUAAAAAUGGCCGUCUGGACCUGUUUGUCCGCUUCCUUCAUGGCCUCUCUGUGGAGUCCAACCAGAGACUCUUAGGAGGCCUGCUGGGUCAGACAGAGAACAGUCCAGAAACCAUCCAGAAAGUCAUCAACAACCUGAAGGAGAUAACCACUGUUGAUAAAAUCUCUCCUGACAGAAGCAUCAACAUCUUCCACUGUCUGAUGGAGAUGAAGGACCUCUCAGUUUAUCAGGAGAUCCAACAGUUCCUGAAAUCAGAGAACAGAUCAGAGAAGCUCUCAGAGAUCCAGUGCUCAGCUCUGGCCUACAUGCUGCAGAUGUCAGAGGAGGUUCUGGAUGAGUUGGACCUGGAGAAGUACAACACAUCAGCAGCAGGACGACUGAGACUCAUUCCAGCUGUGAGGAACUGCAGAAAGGCUCGACUAGUGGGCUGUAGUCUCUCAUGGACUGACUGUGAAGUUGUGGCCUCAGCUCUGAACUCCAACCCCUCCCUGACUGAACUGGAAAUAGGUGAGAUCAGUGAUGGCGGGAGAACCAUUGGAGACUUUGAUGUGAAGUGUCUCUGUAAGAUCCUGGAGACUCCAGUCUGUAAAGUAAAGAAGCUGAGAUUGUGGGGCUGCAGGUUGUCAGAGAUCAGCUGUUCUUCUCUGGGCUCUGCUCUGAAGUCCAACCCCUCCCAUCUGACAGAACUGGACCUGAGCUGCAACGACCAGGAAGAUGCUGGAGUGAAGGAGCUGUGUGGUUUUCUCCAAACUCCCCUCUGCAAACUACAGAAACUGAGAUUGAUUUUCUGCAGGUUGUCAAAGAUCAGCUGUAAUUCUCUGGUAUCGGCUCUGAAGUCCAACCCGUCCCAUUUAAAAGAACUGGACCUGAGAGACAACAACCUGAAGGAGUCAGAUGUUCAGCAGCUGGAGGAUCUUGUAAAGAGUCCAGACUACAAACUGGAAACUCUGGAGUGGAGGUGAUGAUCUUUGUAGAUGAGAGAAGCUGAGCUGUCCUGAUGAUCCAGAGGUUGAAGCUGCAGCAGUUUGACUUUAAAGAGACUCUGACUGGAUCCUGAUGAUGAACUAGGGAGACUUUGAUCCUGUUUAUCUGAUCAUGUCUGUCAUUUAGUGUCUGAUAGUGUUUGUAGUAAUUUUACAAGUUUAAUCGAUCUUAAACACAAAAUAUUACAGUCAACCACCGGUCAGCAGUCAGAGUUCAAUUACAUAAAUUUAAUUUGGAUUCAAAUCAAAAGUUUUACAAAGAUCAUAAAGGUAUGGGGUGAAGACAUUAAGAUUAUGUGCCAACACUUUAAUCCUUAAUUUUUGGUAACCAUUAAAGUUCUUUACAAUUUCAAUGUAGCAGAUACUUACAGAUGCCUAUAAUAAUAAGCAUUCUUCAAUUAAAUUUAUUCAAUUAAAUUUUAUUUAUGUAGCACCA